GGUAUUUUUUGUUUCAUUCAUAGCAUAUAAAUAUAUAGUCCCUUACGCGUUUAUUCGUGUUAUAAUCGUCGUCAUGUUUACCUCCAAAACAUAUGAUAGUGUUUGGCGAUUGAAUCCUUCCAAGUACGAGUGGGUUGUCGAAACCAAGGUUCUUUGUUCGUGGACACGGCGUCUAGAAAACAGUGGCAGGCGUUUAGAGUUUGUUCUCGCGGAUCGUGAGGGUAACAAGAUACAGUGCUCUCUAUGGGGAGAGGUUUACGAUAAAUUUGUGUCUGUAAUAGUUAGCGGUGGUUGGUUUCGGAUUAAGGACUUUAAAGUUGUUCAUCAGACUGGGGAUUGCAGAGCAACCUUGCACCGCUAUAAGAUGAUUCUUUUGAAAAACACUACGAUUGUCAAGAUACCUGAUAUCGAUAACAAUAAGUUUUUUGAUUUUGUUGAUUUUGGAAGUAUCUUGGACCGAAGAUAUUCUGACGACUUUUUGGUUGACUUGAUUGGAGAGGUUGUUGAUGUCCAAACUUCUAAUAUCGAAGCUGAAACCAAUGGAACGAAAUUACAUGAGGGUUCUGUUGUUUUUAAUGAUAAGGGCGUCCCUUUAUCUGAUGAAGUUAUACCAGACUAUGAUUAUUUACUAGAUAGGUUGGAGAGAUACAACGAGAGUAGAUUAGUCGUGGAAAACAAGGAACCUAAUCGCUCCUUGAAGCGUACUAGCGAGGAUGUGUAUGGAUUUCCAUCCACAAAACGUUUUCGUCCUCUUACUGGUGGUUAUAAAGAAUUACUUGAAGAAGUAGGAGGAAUAAACGAUCAAGGCCAUGGAAGACUAGGAUCCGAAUUUGGUGAAGAUGACGAAGAGGACGAUGAUGAAGAAGAAGAAGAAGACACCGACGGAGACGAAGAAGUUGAAGAAGAUGUAGAUGACGAUGAAGGGGAAGGAGAAUACGAAGAGGAAGAGACGUAUGGGGAAUUUGGUUAUGAUGAGGAUGAUAGCAUAUAUCGCACAGUUUCUUUCUAUCUACGUGACAGACGGAAUGCUAUGUUGAGAUGCCGCCUGUUUGGUAAAGUCGCUAUGACUUUCUACGAUACAUUUAAAGAGCAAGCUGAUGGUGCUGUUAUUUGUGUAAUAAGAUGGGGACUUAUUCGUUGUUAUGGAGGUGAUGUGGCCAUACAUGCUACAGAUUGUACCCGUAUUGAGAUUAAUCCAGAUAUCCGUGGAGUGGAAUGCUUCGAUGAAUUAAAAAGCAAAAAUUCACUAACUUUCAUCGAUGAUAUCAAUCCUAUUCACGAUCAGUAUAAGAUUAAGGUGUUAAUCUUGAGGCUGUGGAAGGCGUAUCAGAAAGAUGCGGGCAACACAAUCGAGAUGGUUUUGGUGGAUGAAAAGGGUUCAAGAAUCCAUGCAACUGUUGAGGACAAAAAUAUCAAAAAGUUCGACGGUGUCCUGAAAGAAGGUGAUGCCGUUACCUUGAAUCCUUUCAAGCUCAUCAAGUACUCUGGCGAUUAUAAGAGCAACAGUCUUUCUUUCAAGAUUUUGUUUUACCGAACAACCCAGGUCAAACCAUGUGAUGAUUUUCCAAAGGAAGUCCCUGAGAAGUAUUUUGUGGAAUUUGGUGAUGUUUUAAAUGGUUCACUAGACACGCGUGUUUUCGUUGAUGUUAUUGGUCAGAUUGUCAACGUUGGACCGAUCGAGGAUAUAAAAAUCAGAGGAAAAAGUACUCCAAAGCUCGACGUCGAGUUGCGUGAUCGUGGGAACGUACGGUUAAUGUGUACUCUAUGGGCGGAUUUUGCUAAGCAAGUUAAGGUUUAUACUGAAGCAAAUCCAGCGGCUGUUGUUUGUGUGAUUAGGUGUGCUCAGGUCAAGGAGUGGAAAGGUAAUUGGACUAUAUCUAAUGCUAUGGGCGCAACACGUGUAUUACUCGAUCCUCCAGGCGUUUUUGUUGAUGGAUUCAGAUCGGGGCUACCAACCGAUGGCGUGGUAUUGACUAAUCAUGACAAUAGUGAAUUGUUUGCUGGAUCAACUGUAUCGAUACGUGAUCAAUUCUUGGUGAAGAAUCAUAAACGAACUGUCCGAGAUAUAGUCGAGGCGUUAGAGGAGGGUAUGUGUGUGACCAUGGUCACUGUUGGAUCCGUCGAGCGAACGACGAAAUGGUAUUACGUUUCGUGUAAGAUGUGCAAUAAGAGUGUCGAGCCUUAUCCAGAAGAUUCUGGUGAUGAUGGAAAACCACCUCUUUACUAUUGCGGCGUUUGUGACAAGGAUGUCUCUGCGGUAGUGUUCAGAUACCGAUUGGUUCUGGAGGUUUCUGAUGCAACUAACUACAAGGCAAGGUUUUUGUUGUUUGAUGCAAUGGGUAGUACGCUCCUUCGUAGAACUGCACAGGAGCUCUAUAAUGAAGUUUCUGAGAAUGACCCCUCUAUACUUCCCUCGGAGAUUGGGGCAUUGGUCGGGAGGCGGUUUCUUUUUAAAGUGAGUAUAGGUGGCGAUAAUCUGAAAUCGGAUCGGUCGCAUUACGUGGUUCAGUUAUUUUCUGAUGAUGAUGAGCUGAUUAAAGACUAUUCUGAUGGUCUAGACUCCGAGGUUUUGGUGCCUUUGCCCGUAACGCCUAUUACAAAGGAGGCCAAUGUUCGCCGUGGCGGUGUUAACAAGCAAAACACUAACUCAACCCAUAUUAGCCAGACGGAUGAAUGCAUCGUAGCUAUCCAACAAGCGGCUUCGUGGGUGCUGCCGGUCGAUAGAUUGCGUGGUUUAUUUGUUAUGCUGAUGGGUGUUUUCUGCGAGGCAGAUCCGUUGUCGGUCUGGGAUGCUACCUGGGAUGUAUUGUUUAAAGAUGUGUUGUUUCCACAACAAAUUAUUUUUAACGAUCAUGAGCCGGAGUAUGCCUACAAUGAAAUCCAAAACUUUGAGACAUUUAUGCGUAAGGAAAACUCUACGUUCAAUGUCUAUGCGGAAUUACGGAAGAGAGUCGCUUUAGCUGGUGGUCCUACAUGUGAUCCUUCGUUGGAAUAUAAGAUGCGUGAUCAGUUUAACAAUCUUAAGAUAGAUUAGAUUGUUUGCAUCGUUUUAAUUUAUUUUUGUUUAUUUUAGGGUUUUAUAAACUAUGUUUCUGGUUGGUUCUCUCUAUAAGAUUAUAUUUGUUUCGGCAAAAUAAUAGAACAUUUUUUAUAGACGGUGUUUUGAUCUAUUAACGCUGCAAUGAAGAUUUUAUUUUAUU